AUGGGCGGAGGUGAGCUAGCAGCCACUCAUGCUUAUCACAGCCCUGUCCCGUCAGCUGGCAGCGAUUCGGUGGCGGUGACGCCGGCGUUAUGGUGCAUGAAAUCAGUCAGAGAAGUCAUACGAGAUGAAGACUGCCCGUCUAUGAUUGUGCCAAGCAGACCUUUCCUUCAGCGGUGCUUCCCUGAUUUCAUUAGAAGAAAUGGAAUUUUAACUGUAGCCAAUCAGACCAUCUUCAAAGACGGCGAGAAUAACAAGAGAAGUGUCGACGACCUCAAAGAUGCUGCCAAAGGUAUCGCCAGUCUGCUGGAUGCCAAAGAAGUCGGCAUGAAGAUCUUCGAAGAUUAUGCAAACUCCUGGAUCUGGAUCCUCGUGUAAGAAUGGCUUUUGGUCAUUUUAGUGAUUCAAUUCAUAGGAAUGACUCUUUGUGGGGCAAUCGGCUACAUCAUGUCCACCCUCUUCUACCCUGUCAUCACCUUUUUCCUUCUGGCCAUCUGCAUCGCUUAUUGGGCUGUCACAGCAGUCUUCUUAGCAUCAUCGGGUAACGCAGUCUACAAGGUCACACCUGCUGAUGAUAAAUGCAUGUAUGCAAACCUCACAUGCAAUCCACAGGUUAGCCCUAUGCUCCCUUACAUUUCUCAAAAUGCCUGCGCUCGAUUCUUGCUCUGCUGCCUCAAAUGCUGCUUCUGGUGCCUGGAACAUUUUAUCAAGUUUCUAAACAGAAACGCAUUCAUUAUGAUGGCAAUAUAUGGGAAGAACUUCUGCACCUCCUCCAAGGAUGCUUUCUUCCUCUUAAUGAGGAAUGUUGUUCGGGUGGCCGUCCUGGACAAGGUGACCGACUUUCUGCUGUUCUUGGGAAAACUGCUUAUUUCAGGAAGUGUUGGCAUUCUUGCAUUUUUCUUCUUCUCGCGUAAAAUACCGGUUUUUCAAGAGGAGGUGCCAUCACUAAAUUACAUUUGGGUCCCUCUAUUGACGGUGAUAUUUGGAUCCUACAUGAUCGCACAUGGCUUUUUUAACGUCUAUGCUAUGUGUGUGGACACAUUGUUCCUGUGCUUUUGUGAAGACCUGGAGAGGAAUGAUGGUUCUUCCUCCAGGCCCUACUACAUGUCUCCUGGCCUGCACAAGAUCCUGCGCAAAGGAGAGGAGGGUGCCAAAACGUGCGCUGCUUCCUGAGUGAUGCAUUUUACUAAACUCUUGGCUCUCUGACUCACUUCUCCAUAUCUGCCGUGUGCGUUGGGGUCUGGACGCUCGAGAGCGAGUACUGUAGGGCUAACAUUGAAACUGGAUGCACCCCGCCCAGCCUGUCAGGGAUGACCUGUGCAUGAAAGGACAUGCUGUUACUUCGGGUCCUCGCAGAAAAGGCAUAGGGGACUAAGAUAACUGUUCACUUCCUCUCUCGAGCCAACUCAGAUACUUGCCUUUUUUUCUGCUACACUUUUGUGUUUCUUUCUCUUUGUCAUUUUCUCGUCUGCUGACCUCUGCCUUACCGAGAGGGUACACGUCAACUCGCAGGAUGGAUGCACAGGCUGAAAACUAAAAACGAGCUUUUCUUUCUUUGUUUUUAACCCAAACAAACACGAGGACCGUAAACAAUGUACAGAUGCCACUUUGACAAAAAGUGGUGGACUUAUGGGGCACCCUCUUGUCGCACUUUGGUCUUCUGAUGUAAAAUCAUGUUUUGUAUGCACUUUCACAUACAGGAAACGAACCAUGUGAUUUCUUUCUUCUGUGUAGCAUGAUUACUUUGCUGGCUGUUGGUGUUUACCAUUGGUUUUAUAACCACUAUAUUUAUACUAACACAAGCACACGGAUCCAAAAAUGGUGUGAACUCUGCACUUAGCAAAACAGGUUUCUCUCAUGUUAAAUCAGCGUCACAUGAAAGUUUUCAUUAUGCUCAUAGAUGUACUGUAAACCAGACAGAGGCUUUGUUGGAGGUCAAGACUUCAAAAGACAUUUAAUGGUUUAUGCUUAAAGAAAAACGAACCUGAGCGUUUUCAGGAAACUUUUGAAUGCAGCCACUAGUUUAUGUGCCUAGAUGUGAAAAAACAAAAUAAAAAAAAUGUUCCUCUUAUUCUGUUUUAGACCUAACACCAGGAACCUUUGCGAUACAGUUUAUAAAAGGAUGUCAAAGCCAUUUUUGGUAAAUUUUUUUAUUGGAUGGUUCAGAUGUUGUGCUGUUUUAAUACUAAGUAUAAUACACACAUCUGUCUGGAGGUUAUUCAGUGUUCUUUUUGUAUAGGAGAAUUUUUUUAUCAAUGAAUCCAAUGAAAAUGUGAAUCUUUGUUUUCGAAUAAACAUAAAUGGUUGAACUACUGACCCGUGCAUUUCCGGAGGCGUUAAUUUUUUACAAUCGAGGUGAUCGCAGGUUAAAUUUU